AUGGCUUCUUCCAAGUCUCGGUCUGGCAGGAACUCGCAGACAUUCCUAAGCGGAGCUACACUUUACGACCUCGAGCAAGAGAAGCUGUAUCAGCUAUCCGGAGAGCCGUCAUUGCUUCGAAAGCAACCGCAAGUGAAGGAAAGCCCUCGACAAGAUCCCAAAUCGCCUCCACCGCUAUACCCCGCGGCCCACGAUAUCCACGACUCCUGGAAGCAACUUUCUCAUUCCAAGCCAUCACUUAACACCGCCGAGAUCUCAUAUAUCGACAGCCUGGCGAGACGGGAUGAUGCUGGCCAGCAAGCGCCGCUGAACCAAAAGAAAAGUGGGAAACGCAUUACCCAAGGGCCGAAGGGUAACGUUGCUUUCGUCGAAGACGUUGAAUACGAAGGCGAGUCCAGCUCGCCAUCGAUAGAAUCCUUGUACUCAUCCGAUAGUAUUCAUCCGAGUGAUUCAGCUUCCGGCCCAAUCCUACCCACGAUGACGCCGCAGCCUCAACCGCAAGUCAGCGGCUCUCUCCAAGCCACCAGACAGACCAAGGAGGCCAUGCCUGACAACAGUGUCUGUCUUCAGAUCAACCCCCAAAAUCCUCAGGAUGUCACAAUUCUCACAGAGUUUGAUGUGACUGAUGAUUUGGAGGAAGAUCUAGAAGAAUACUCAAGGCUUGUGAGAAUGGGGCGUUUUCGAGCUGCUGGAAGACAUUUCGACAAUCGAUUGGUGCAUUUCAUCGAUAACCUCUACGUUGUAGAUCAUUACUGCUCGGCUCUAUUGGCGAUGUCGGACUUUCAAGCAUUGUCUCGAAUUGCGAAAGAAUUUGCAAUGGAACUUCGUCCGGGAAUUUACCGCACAAAUACCCUGACGCGGUUUAAUCAAGCUGAAGUCCUCAGUGGGCUCGAGAUUCUCUCCAAGGAAGCGAAAAACAAAUAUUCGUCAUAUAUAGCCGAAUACUUGGAAACUCUUGCUGAAAUACGGAAUCACUGGCCGGAGCUAGACUCCACAGAACUCCAAGUGAUGGUGGACAGCUUCUCCAUCGAAGGCGGUAUCAAUCACUUCCGGCCUCGCACGUGUGCCCUGGUCUAUCGACAUCUAAGGGCUGAAGGAAGGAUUUGGGAUUUCAAAGAUCUGCUCGACAGACUCUCGCAGAUGGAGUCAACUUCUAUUUGCACAACACUGCAAUCCUUACUCCAGGAGUACGGGGACGACAGCGAAAAUCAUUUGCCGAAAUUGCUCGAAAGGAUCGAAGAGGACUGGGGUAGUGCGGCAGACGAGGUCUCGUCGUUUGCUCUGCUGGAAAUUUUCACGACACUUACUCUGGCCUCUAUGAGCCGGCAGACGAGCAUCCCCGUGGUCAAAAUAAUCUUUCGAAUUGCCCAAGGUCACGCCCGAGACAUCCUUCGAGAGAACCCGAUCAACUCAAAAACUCGACCGUAUCUCCGUUGGAUCGUGGCUAAGGUUUUGGUAGAGCAAUACACCGAUCCGAAAAUAACUGGAAUAUUCGCUUUGGCAUCCCAUCUCAAACGACUGCCAGGGAAGAGCUGGCAACCUGAAGUGGCUCUGCCAUUGAGCUGGAUGGUGCUGUACGCGCCAUAUGGGGACGAAGACCCGAAAUGGCACCCCGAUCCAUCUACCACCGCUGGGCACGACAAUGCUCUACGAACGGUCCUUGGAGUUGCGGAACAGCUAGGAGAUACACCUCUGCAGGCAACUUGUCUUCAGCUCUUGAUCUACCAAUGUCCUCAGCCACGGCUACUAUUAGACAAGUUAGGUGACUUAUGGCGCUCGAAGGGAGCAUAUCUGGGCUACAUUCAAACUCGGAUGUACUGUUUUAUCCCGGAAAGUCUCUCAACACCUGAGACUAGAGAGAGCAUUCGCCGGGACAUCCUCCUUGCUGGUGAGGUAUCUUCGGGAGGGCCAGUGUCACACGCGCGAUCCAUGAUUCUGAGAGCCCUCUCUCCAGGCGACCCGAGCCACCUAGAAAAGAACUUGUAUCUGGGAAGAGCGUGGGAAGCCAUAAGUAUCCCCGGCUAUCCGGAUACAGGGACACAGGAAAAUAAUGGAAGACCCAACGAAGGUGAUGUUACAAGAAACGUGCUCGCUGGUCCACCCACACUCUCACAUCCCUGGGCAGAGCCGUCAGAUGUCGCUCAUCCAAUACAGAACCAAAGCCCAACUGGAAAGGCUCAGGGGAAUCAGAAAAGCGAACACAAUCACGAAAGAUUAGGGAGCAGUGUUCCACUGUCCAGACAAGACCAAAACCGCGCUAAAGCAGAGCAUACAACAAUCAGAGGCAGCAGUGAAACGCUGUAUGGCAUCUCAAGCCCCCAACCAGUCAAGUUUCCACGGCCUAGGUUGCAGAAGAUGCAUGCCAGUGAAGGAAGAUCGAACUUCCCCGCAAGAUCCAUACCGCCUCUUGUUCCGGCAACUAACUUUCCUGCUCAUUCUCACAAGGGCAAGGGGAUCGCGAGAAAUGUGGGUGGUGAUGAAUCUCAGCCUGGACGCGGAAAGGCAGAAAGCGAUGAAGAGAGCAAACAAGCGAAACCUCGAAAUGAAGCGCCAGAAAGGUCGGACGCCGACAAGGAGAGAGAUCGCGAGCGACAAAAACUGAGUGAUCGGCUCAGUUCCGAUCAGAAGCGUGAGAUCAUACGACAAUUUGUGAACCAUGACAAGAUCGACCUAGACUAG